GCAUGAUGAGGUGCAAUGAUGUGUGUUCUGAUAACAGGAGAAUGCAUCGAAGGGCUGCGGGAGAACGACUACCUGCUGAUCCACUCGUGCCGCCAGUGGACCACCAUCACCGCCCACAGCCUGGAGGAGGGGCACUACGUCAUUGGGCCGAAGAUAGAGAUCCCGGUGCACUACGCCGGCCAAUUCAAGCUGCUGGAACAGGACCGAGAUAUAAAGGAGCCAGUGCAAUAUUUCAACAGCGUGGAGGAGGUGGCCAAAGCGUUCCCUGAACGCGUGUACGUCAUGGAGGAAAUAACGUUCAACGUGAAGGUGGCCUCGGGGGAAUGCAACGAGGACACGGAGGUGUACAACAUCACCCUGUGCACCGGCGACGAGCUCACGCUCAUGGGGCAGGCGGAGAUCCUGUACGCGAAGACCUUCAAGGAGAGGUCGCGGCUCAACACCAUUUUCAAGAAGAUCGGGAAGCUCAACUCCAUCGGCAAGCUGGGCAAGGGCAAGAUGCCCUGCCUCAUCUGCAUGAACCACCGCACCAACGAGAGCAUCAGCCUGCCCUUCCAGUGCAAGGGCCGCUUCAGCACGCGCAGCCCGCUGGAGCUGCAGAUGCAGGAGGGCGAGCACACCAUCCGCCACAUCGUGGAGAAGACGCGGCUGCCCGUGAACGUGACCGUGCCCAGCCCGCCGCCCCGGAACCCCUACGACCUGCACUUCAUCCGCGAGGGCCACCGCUACAAGUUCGUCAACAUCCAGACCAAGACGGUGGUGGUGUGCUGCGUGCUGCGCAGCAACAAGGUCCUCCCCAUGCACUUCCCGCUGCACCUGACGGUGCCCAAGUUCAGCCUCCCCGAGCCCCUGGGCCAGCGGGACCUGUGGCCCGAGGCCCUGGUGCACCACUGGCUGGGCGUCUGCCAGGAGCAGUUCGACAUCGACGAGUACUCCCGGGCCGUCCGCGACGUGAAGACCGACUGGAGCGAGGACUGCAAGAGCCCCAAGAAGGGCCGCUGCCCCGGCCACAGCCACGUGCCCAGCUCGCUCAGCUACGCGCGCGACGAGCUCACCCAGUCCUUCCACCGCCUCUCCGUCUGCGUCUACGGCAACAACCUCCAUGGCAACAGCGAGGUGAACCUCCACGGCUGCAGGAACCUGGGGGGCGAGUGGGCCCCGUUUCCCCACGACAUCCUGCCCUAUCAGGACCCGGGGGACAGCGGAGGGAGCGACUACCUGUUCCCCGAAUCCAGCGAGGAGUCCACGGGGGUCCCGGCAAAGCCCGAGCUUCCCUACGAGGAGCUGUGGCUGGAGGAAGGCCCCGCCGGCCCCCCGCCGCUCGCCCGCUCGCUGAGCGCCAGGAGCCGGUGCGAGCAGCCGCGAGGGUCGGCCCGGUCCAAGUGCGCACCCUCUCCUCUGCCCGGGCAGCUGGGAGGAGCAGCCGUGCCGCCUGCCGAGAUCGCCCUACCUCCACCUCCAGUGCCUCCCAAGUCCGAAGCCGUCAGGGAAGAGUGCCGGCUCCUGAACGCCCCGCCGGUUCCGCCCCGAAGCGCCAAGCCUCUGUCCACCAGCCCCUCCGUCCCGCCUCGCGCAGCCAGGCCCCGGCCGCAGACUCGCUCUCCCAGCCCCACCCUGUCCUACUACUCAUCAGGGCUGCACGACAUCAGCGUGACUAAGAGCGACGCCAGCCCUUCCGACAGCACCCCCGCCUCCUGCUACCCGUGCCACCGUGGGAAGCCCGACUCGGUGGACCUGCAGUCCCCUCCGGGCAGCCCCUCGGACCCGCUGUCCGCCCGGCUCUCCUGGCCCAGCCAUCACUCGGGAGCAUCCUCCGAGGGCCACGCCCGCAGUGACUUCCUGUUGGACCCCAGCCGCAGCUACAGUUACCCCAGGCAGAAGACGCCGGGCACACCCAAGAGACACUGCCCGGCGCCCUUGGACCUGGAGGGCCGUGAGCCCCAGGCCGGCCCCCCCAGCGCAGCCCCUGCAGGAUUCGGCGGCAGCGGCUCCGGCUGCCCCAAGUCGGCCAGCUACUCCCUGGGGAGCACAGACGAGAAGCCGCUGGCGGCUGGCACCACCAAGCAGAGCCUGUCGUGCCCCGCCCUGCCCCCCCGGGCCCCCAGGCCGGUGGAAGAGAAAGCCUCCUCUGGAACCCCGCCUUUGCCUCUGAAAAUCGACGGUGCUGAGGGGGACCCCACGGCGGGGUCCGCGGACCUGGCCGAGGACCCGUACUUCGUGCCGAAGGGCGCGCAGGACAUCUUCUCGGUCCCGUACCCCUUCUCCUCGCCGCUCCACCUGCAGCUGGCCCCCCGCUCCUGCGGGGAUGGCUCCCCCUGGCAGCCGCCCGCCGACCUGUCGGGACUCUCCAUCGAGGAGGUGUCCAAGUCCUUGCGGUUCAUCGGGUUGUCAGAAGACGUCAUCUCCUUCUUCGUGACCGAAAAGAUUGACGGGAAUUUGCUCGUGCAGCUGACAGAAGAAAUCCUCUCGGAGGAUUUCAGACUAAGCAAACUGCAGGUGAAGAAGAUCAUGCAGUUCAUCAACGGCUGGAGGCCCAAGAUAUAGCCCAGUCCCCCCGCCGGCAUCGCACGAACCGGGAACGCGUGCUAGAGGCGGGGCUGGGACACGAGCUCAUGUUUUCUUUUGCACUAAAAACCUUCUCUGUAAAUAGGGGUAAGAGAAGCCCUCACUAGACAGAUCACGUUUUUGAACGGUGAACAGGCUAUUUUGUACAUCAAUAAAAACGCUGUCCAGAACACUCAGAGGUGCCUUGUACGUCACUCAACACUCAGCAGCUGCUAAACGGCAACAGGCAUGUCCCGAGUCAGGAUUCUCACCCCCGAGCAGGGUGAUGCGAGACGGGAUGAUAUUUAUUACAGAAUAGCCAAAGCGGAAGAGACACGAGAAUCUCUAAGAAACAAAACAAACCAACAGUUUUGGACAACAGUCCCUUCCUGGGGGGGGAGAUCUAUUGUAGUGAGCGCUACCCUGUGCUCUGUUUGGGGUACUCAGUGCGAACUGUCUUACUCUUGUGCCUGGAAUGUUAGUGAUAUGAAAUGACACUGGAAUGUCAGGUGCUCGGUGGGGAUCUGUGCAUCGAAAGGCAUUUUCCAAAAGUCGUGUGUGGAUGGAAGACACAGGACAUCCUUAGAAAUCAUACAAACCGUGACCGCAGUCAUUCAUCCGUAACUGCUGCUAAUUUUAUUGAGCAGAAGAAGAAAAAAAAAAACAACACAGAAUAGAUACAAUAUGUGUGUAAAUGUCUACGCAAUACAUAUGUGUAUGUUUUAAACCUCA